AUGACUACUGAGGCAGAAACCGAGAAUAACGAUGAUGAUAAGGUACUACUAAAUGGUCAUUCUAAAACUACAUCUUCAGGUUUAAAUGAAAUAGAGUUGAAUUCACUACUGGAAGAUUUACCAGACUCAACCUCCAUACAAUCAACUGAGGCUAUAAUUGAAUCAAACUUCAAUGGUGAAUCUCAACCUACUGACCCCUUACAAAAAGAGAAAGAAACCAAUCCAAAACUAUCUCAAUUUAUGCAGUGUUGUCAAGAAGGAUCAAAUGAUUUAGUUAAGUCCUUGAUAGAUUCAAAAGAUAUAUCAAUAAACGAUACUUUCAGUGAUGGAAUUACUGGAUUGCAUUGGGCAUGUAUAAAUAAUAGAUUGAUUCUAGUGAAAUACUUAAUAGAAAAUGGAGCUGACCCAAACUUAUUUGGUGGAGAACUAAAAGCAACCCCAUUGCAUUGGGCAUGUAGAAAUGGAUUGGUUUAUAUCGUUGACUAUUUAAUUACUAAUUCAAAAGCUGAUCCAAAACUAAAAGAUCUACAGAAUUACAAUUCAUUACAUUUAGCAGUUCAUAGUUCAAAUAUAACUUUGAUUGUUUAUUUAUUAGUUAGUUGUUGUGAUACAAACAAAUUAUAUAUUGAUGAACCUGAUGGAUCAAACAGAACUGCAUUACAUUGGGCUUCUUAUCAAAAUGAUAUUUUUACAAUAAAUGCUUUGAUAAAAUUUGGAGCUGAUGUUACAAAAGUUGAUAAUAAUUUAUUUACACCUUUACUUUGGUGUUUUAUGAGAGGUUAUAAACCAGUUAUGAAAACUCUUGUGGAAGCAGGAUCUGAUAUCUUUGUUAAAAAUGAUCAACAAAAAGAUUCUUUUGAAGUUGCUAAAGAUAUGAAUUGUUUAAAUACUUGGAAUAAAGUUUUGGUGGAGUGUGGUAAAGAUCCAAAAACUUGGCAACCUAAGAAAAAUUGGAUACAACCAAAAACUGCAAAAUUAUUGACAUUUAUUGUUCCAUAUUUUAUACUACCAAUCUCCUUAAAAAUAGCUACUGGAUCAUUAAUUAUACCAAAAUUAAUUUUAUCAAUUUCUUUUUUUGCAUUUGGAAUUUAUCUUGUAAAUAAAUUCAUUAUUCCAACUUAUUUAAUAGAUGAUAAACCACUACCUAAAUCACCCAUAUUAGCUGGUGUUUUUUCAGCAACUGCAUUUUGGUGUAUUAUAAUAUGGGGAUAUAAUAUAGUACCAACAAUUUUUUUUAGAAACUUCAUAAGUAAUGUUGUGCUUUCUAUAUUUAUUGUAACAUUUGUUUGGUCAUUUUUCAAAGCAAUGUUUAUUAAUCCAGGUUUUGUACCUACACCAACAGACAAUUCAAUAAUAUUACAACAAAUUAAAGAUUUAAUAGCUGUGGGUAAAUUUGACACUGACAAUUUUUGCGUAAACACUUUGGUGAGAAAACCUUUGAGGUCAAGAUAUUCCAGGUACAAUAAAAAGCUAAUUGCAAGAUUUGAUCAUUAUUGUCCAUGGGUUUAUAAUGAAAUUGGGGUAAGAAAUCAUAAAUUAUUUAUAACUUUUGUUUAUUCAUUAAAUUUAGCUAUAUUGUUGUUUACUUAUUUAUCUAUAAGAUAUUUUGAUAAAUUAAAAGAUGGGUAUGAUUCAGAUGAUGAAGAUGAAUCAUUGGUUUGUAAAGUAGUUGGUGAUGAUUUAUGUUUUGGAUUCAAUAAUCAUCAAUUUCAUUUCAAUUUAAUAAUGUGGUGUUUGUUACAAUACAUUUGGAUUUUGAUCCUUUGUGUGGUACAGACUUUCCAAAUUUUUAAAGGUUUAACAACUUGGGAAUUUAGUUCAUUAAAUACUCAAAUUUCAAAUCAUAGACAUUUCAAUCAUUCAACUGUACCAAAUGAAGUAGCUAUAUCAGAAACACCGACACCAAAAAAGCCAACUGAAUUACAAACUUGUUUAAACUUAUUAGGUAUUGAUCAAUUUGUACUUACUGUGAAAAUGUCAAUCGCAGCACUUUUCAAAAAGAACAAUGAUUCAGUGAUUGAUCCGUUACAUAUAGAUAUACCAACUGAUUAUGGACUAAAGCAAAAUUGGUUAGAUUUUUGGAUUAUUGGUGAACAAAAUUGGAGAAAUAUUUUCUACUUACCAAUUGAAGGAGAAAACAAUUUAAAUGGACAAGUUGUUGAUUACUACAAAUUAUACGAGUACCCUUCAAAAUCAAGUGCACAAGUAGUUUAA